GAAUUUGUAUAUCAGAAUUUCCAUAAACAAUGUCAAGUACAGUCAAGUCUAAAAUAAUCAGAAAGAAUGGAUAGGGUGUCUCUUUGUUUGUGCUUUAUUUUAGGGACAAUUUAUUUAAGUAAUAGUGUGGGAGAUGAAGAUAUUCGCUGUACUACAUCCAGUUGUUCGAGCGCAACAUGCGAUGACAUUCCUGAGAAAUGUACCAGAAAUAUAACUAAUCCAGGCACUUACAUGUUGUCACCGGAUAUUUGUAACUGUUGCGAAUAUUGUUUAGCAAACCUAGACGAAAAUGAGGCUUGCAGUGUGGGAGACCCUUCUAAUGGGAAGCACACUUCGAUUUGUGGACCAGGUUUAUCGUGUCUUACAGUAGAUGGAGAAACAGAUGGAACUUGCCAGAAAAUGACAACCACUUGUAUGAACGAACAGAAAUCCUAUGACGGGAGAAAGAAAAAUGGUACCUUGGGCCAAAUGGAAACAAAACCAUCGUGCGAUGAAGAUGGACUGUAUAGUGCCUACAAGUGUAUACCAGGAGAAAUCUGCUACUGUACCGCAUCAAAUGGAAGUCGAAUUUUUGGACAGGCUGACUAUAGUACAAUGAGCAACUACAUGAAUUGCGACUGUUCCAAAAAGUAUUACGCUGGUGUUGAUAUGAUUGGUAGGGAGCUCGGACCACACGAGCACUUUCGGUGUUCCUCGAACGGGGACUACGACAAACUUCAAUGCAUCAACGAAAAAUGUCUCUGCGUUGACACGUCAGAUGGUGCUCCAACAUAUCCAACCAAAAGUUUAGUGAAUAUAACGAAAAUUUCCACAGAUACAUUAUCAUGUUAUACAUCAAAGAAAGUUGGUGAAUAUUACAAGACCUGUGAAUCAAAGUACAUGGAUGUGUACAAGAAAGUACAGGAAUAUAAAGCUCAAGGAUACAAUCAAGUAAUAGGAUAUGAAUAUCCUAACUGCGAUCUGGAUGGAACGUACGCACCUGUACAGCAAAACAAGACUCAUAAAUACUGUGUAGAUAUUGAAGGAAAUAUUUUAACUGCCGUAAGCAAGAGCAGUUCUGGCACACUCGCAACCUCAAUGAAUUGCAAAUGUAUUAGGUCAAACCUUAUGUCAUCAACUGUCGAUAAGCCUGCAUGUUUGGAAAAUGGCAACUAUAAUCCUAUACAGUGUAGAAGAGGUUUCUGUAGAUGUGUGGACACCGACGGAAACCAAUAUUGCGUCUCCGGUGUGUGCGAAUAUGACGAAAGCAAAAAGAAUACGAUGAAAUGCACCAAAUAACACUUAUUUAUUAAAAAUAUAUAUUUUUUUGUUUACGGUUGUUAUAGUUGUUUUAUUCCAGCUAAAAUGUGUAAUAAAAUAAAUAAUA